AUGACGAUACGAGGCAAGGAGUGCAGCCGCCAAGGACGCAGUCCGAAGACGAGCUCACUUCCUCUUUUGCCUCAGACCCCGAGCACGAGUCUUGAGCUUUCUCAGAGCGAGCAGCAUGCGCUCGAGGAGCUGCAGCGCAAGCGUGCAAAGCCGCUGAGUCGGUUUGAAGAUUUGCUCAAGAGCCAGCCGUCACUGCCUCCACGCCCGCCUGCUGACGACACGGAGUCGGCGUGGCAGUACGAUAUGCACGAGACUCUGCUCUGCACGCAGGCAUCGUACAUCAAGAAACUGCUGUGCGAGACGCUGCCUGGCGAUUUCAAGGGAAUUGCUACCAAGCGUAUGGACGAACCGGUCCGUGUGAUCUGGCGACUGAUGAAAAGGCAGUACAGCCUCAGCAAUGCUGCUGGUGUCGUCGGCUUAGUGACUCAGUUCAUGGAGAUUGUGAACGCCGACUUCAAGAGCGUGGAACAGCUCUUUCAAGAUCUGAAUGCAGUGCGGAGCCAGGUCAACGUCAACUCGCGUGAGGCUCUGAACUCGCAAAGGUUGACCUCCCAGCUUAUGCUGGUGAUGGUGUUGGGGGUGUUGCCGAGCCACAUGUGGGGCUCUUCGGUUGAGUUUACCCCUGAAGGAUUCACGCUCGAGAAAGUCACCGAGAAGCUCAACAACAUCUACGGCAACCAGAGCAAGGCUGAGACAAUGGACCCAGCCAGAGGAAAGGUGGUCAACCGUAUCUCAGCCGUUCCGACCAAGCAGAAUGGCUCGGCUUUGGGCAAAAGAAAGGCCUCGAGUGAACCAGAUCAGGAUCGGCACUACAAUCAGGGCUGGAUGAAGUGCCACUACUGUGCUGGCGGUCACAACGGCAUGAACAACAUUGGUCCGCACAAGCUGGUCGACCACCCAAACCACUUCUUAGACUGGGCGGCUGGCGUGCAAAGGCGCAACAUUUUUUCAAAGCCAAUCCGCCUGAAAGGAAAAGCUGCGCAAGUAGCCAAGGCGCAAGCAUCCAAGGGGAAGGGGAAAACAAAGGAAAAGGCCAAGCGACGCCGUGAAAUUCCUUUGGAGGAGUGCCAGGUCGAGCACGCUGUCGACGCUGUGGAGUUGAAGUCGCCGGCUAUUCCAACUGGUUAA